AUGAUAGAAAGAAUGAGAAUGUAUUGCUCUAUGGAUGCAAUCGAACUUUGUCUCGUUCCAGAUGUGGUUAUACCCCAAAAAUUCAAAGUUCCAGACUUUGAAAAGUACGACAAAGUCAAGUGCCUGGUCACACACAUCACGAUGUAUUGUAAAAGGAUGGGCGCAUAUGCCCAUGAUGACAAGCUCUUAAUACAUUGUUUCCAAGAUAGCCUCACUGGUGUGGCAGCAAAAAGGUACGUUCAACUGGACCGCAAUCGAAUCCAUACAUGGAAAGACCUUGCUCGGGAGUUUGUGGCUCAGUAUAAGCAUGUUACAGAUAUGGCUCCGGAUCGCCUUUCUUUACAAAACAUGGAAAAGAAACCUACUGAAAGCCUCAAAGAAUAUUCUCAAAGAUGGAGGAAUGUGGCUUCUCAAGUUCAGCCACCAUUGAUUGAGAAAGAGACCACCGUGAUGUUCGUUAACACCCCACGAGCCCCCUACUAUGAACGGUUGGUCGGUAGUGCCAUAAAGAACUUUACUGAUAUGGUGAUUUUAGGAGAGAUGAUAGAGACUGCCAUUAAGCAAAAGAAGAUAGAAGGAGGUGAUACAGCAAACACGAAGAAAUGGGGAACUUUUAAAAAUAGUGAAGGAGAAACCCAAGCCAUCAUUUCGAGACAACCCCAAGGAGGAAGCUACAACCCUUAUCAGCCAUAUCCACCAUACCCCUAUUACCCAGUUGUGAAUAACACUUCACAAAGGGCAUACCUAUAUCCACCCAUGCCAAAUGCCUUUUCUAACCUGUACCCAUAUGCUCCCACCCAACGGACACCUUACCCCACAAAUAUCCACCCACCUACUUUCACACCCUUAGUUGCAAACCAUCUGGUGGCACCUUUAUACAUAGAGCCGUUAAAACCUCCAUUCCCGAUAUGGUAUGACGCUUUCGCCCAUUGUGAUUAUCAUUAUGGAAUCAAAGGGCACUCGAUCGAGAAUUGUACAGCAUUCAAACAUAAGGUGCAAGGGUUGAUCAAGGCAGGAAUCCUGAAUUUUGAAAAGAAACUGAAACAAAAUGUUAAUAAUAACCCACUGCCAAAUCAUGCUGGGGCAAGGGUAAAUAUAAUCGAAGAAGAGGUAUAUGUUAAAAGGAACAUCCGGGAAGUGGAAACCCCCAUGCAGAAAGUGUUUGAAACCUUGGUAAAGGCCGAUAUGCUCGAGGUUUGGCCGGAAUGUUCUGAUGUGAAUGACUCGGGAGAUAUCCAAGAACCAUAUUGCUUGUAUCACAAAAGAUGUGUGGGGCAUUUAAUCCAGGAUUGUAGUUCUUUCCGGAAGGAAGUGCAAAGAAUGAUGGAUGAAUCAAGGAUUGAGUUUUAUGUGGAAGCUUUAGAGCCAGCAGUAAACAUGAUGUCCAAAGAGUCCACUCACCCAAGGAAAAUAAAACUUUUAACCAUUUUCUAUGAACGAAGAGGAGAGUCUGUGGAAGACAGAACCCAUGCCAAAAUGACCAUAGAAGUCCCUAAACCUUUCCCCUACAAAGAUAACAAAGCUGUCCCGUGGAACUACAAUUGCAAUGUACAAGUUUCAAAUACGAAAAAAUUGAUAGCUGAAUCUCAAAAUGAUGCUGCAAAUAUAACUGGUGUUGGGGGGAUUACCCGCAGCGGAUGUUGCUAUACACUAGAGGCAUUGGAGAAUCUCAGGAAGGAGAAGGAAAAAGAAAAAGAAUUGCCUGCUCGUAUUUCACUACUAUCUUUGCUCCUCAGCUCGGAUCCACAUAAGAAUGCUUUGAUGAGGAUUCUGAACCAAGCAUAUGUGGAUCACGAUAUCUCAAUUGAAGAUUUAGACUACAUCGUUGGGAACAUUUCAAUGGGUAACAUAAUAUCCUUUAGCGAUGAAGAAAUCUCUUCUAGAGGUAAGGGAAACUACAAAGCCUUGCAUAUCACUACCAAGUGUAAAGGCUGUACUGUCACAAAAGUGUUGUUUGAUAACGGAUCGUCCUUAAAUGUAAUACCCAUGAGGACCUUGGCCCGCUUACCCAUCGACAUGUCUUACAUGAGAAAAAGUCAGAUGAUUGUGAGAGCCUUUGAUGGGACAAGGAGAGCAGUAGUAGGGGACAUUGAGAUUCCGAUAGAAAUCGACCUGUGUACCUUUACCAUUGAAUUUCAGGUUAUGGAUAUCGCUCCUUCAUACAAUUAUUUGUUGGGAAGACCUUGCAUCCACUUGGCUGGGGCCAUACCUUCAUCACUUCACCAAAAGGUCAAGUUCAUCGUGGACGGGAAGAUUGUAUGUGUUAACGGGGAGGAGGAAUUGCUCAUAAGCAAGCCAGCGAAUACUCCUUACGUGGGAGCGGCGGAAGAAGUGUCUGAAUGUUUCUUUCGAUCUUUCGAGUUUGUUAACACCACAUAUGUUGGAGAAGAAACCACACCACCUAUUCCGAGGCUUUCCAAAACCACCGUGAUGGUUGUCAGUCAGAUGGUAGGAAAAAGAUACCGAGCGGAAGUAGGACUGGGAAGAGAACUGCAAGGCAUUAGAAGGCCCAUACGUGCUACUAAAAAUGAAGAAAGGUUUGGCCUGGGGUACAAGCCGACUAAGAAGGAAAGAGAAGAAAUGAUAGCCGAAAGAAAAAGGGAAAGGUUGGCUCGCUUUAAGGGGCACAGGUUGGAAAAUCAUAGAAUGAUAUAUCCUCAUCUCUACGAGACAUUUCGGUCCGGAGGCUUCAUCUUCCUGAAUCACUCACUGUUGGGAGCCGAGAAUCAGUAUCAGCAGAUUCCAAAUAAUGAAUGCGAAGAUGAUAAUGACAGUGAUUUUGAGGUUAAUUUUGAAAAAGGUACAAGUGUCAGCGAACUUGACAAUACAGAAAACGUGAAGAAUUAUGAUUUAACUCCAGACUUGUUAAGACUACUAGAACAGGAGGGGAGACAAAUUGUCCCACAUCAAGAGACACUUGAAACAAUUAAUUUGGGAAAUGAAGAAAAUAAGAAAGAAGUUAGAAUUGGUACGACGUUGGUGCCUAGUGAAAAAGAAAAACUAAUAAAGUUACUCCAUGAGUAUGUAAAUGUGUUUGCAUGGUCCUAUCAAGAUAUGCCAGGACUCAAUACAGACAUUGUAGCCCAUAAAUUGCCUUUGAAACCCGAAUGCAAACCAAUUAAGCAAAAGUUGAGAAGAAUGAAACCUGAAAUGCUUUUGAAAAUUAAGGAAGAGGUGAAGAAACAGUUUGAUGCAAGAUUCUUGGAAAUAGCUAAGUACCCCGAAUGGGUUGCAAAUAUUGUCCCGGUGCUUAAGAAAGUUGGAAAAGUGAGAAUGUGUGUGGACUAUCGAGAUUUGAAUAGAGCUAGCCCAAAAGAUAAUUUCCCUCUACCCCACAUCGACACCCUUGUUGACAAUACUGCCCGUCAUUCCAUGUUUUCCUUUAUGGAUGGCUUUUCAAGGUAUAACCAAAUUAAAAUGGCACCAGAGGAUAGAGAAAAAACUACCUUCAUAACUAUGUGGGGGACCUUUUGUUAUAAGGUAAUGCCAUUUAGUUUGAAGAAUAUCGGGGUAACUUAUCAGCGGGCCAUGGUGACUCUCUUCCAUGAUAUGAUGCACAGAGAGGUCGAGGUGUAUGUGGAUGAUAUGAUUGUAAAAGCUCUCAAAACAGAGGAUCAUGCGACCAAUCUUGAAAGGUUGUUUAAGAGGUUACGAAAGUUUCAGCUCAGAUUAAAUCUAGGAAAGUGCACCUUUGGAGUCACUUCUGAAAAGUUACUUGGUUUCAUAGUCAGUGAAAAAGGAAUAAAAGUUAACCCAGAUAAGGUUCAAGCAAUCCUUGAUUUGCCUCCUCCCAAAACGCAGAAAGAGGUUAGGGGAUUUUUGAGAAGGUUGAAUUAUAUAGCCCGGUUCAUAUCACAACUCACACUCAAAUGUGACCCAAUCUUCAAGCUCCUUCGCAAACACAAUCUUAGGGCAUGGAACGAGGAGUGCCAAGUUGCUUUUGACAAGGUUAAAGAAUAUCUGUUAAGUUCGCCAGUGUUGGUACCACCUGUGGCCGAAAGACCCCUCCUCUUGUAUCUGACAGUAAAUGAAAGAUCCAUGGGAUCAUGGACGGCGCAUCGACUUAGGCAGUACAUGCUAUAUCAUACUACUUGGCUCACUGCAAAGUUGGAUCUUAUUAAAUACAUCUUCGAGAAGCCAUCCUUAUCAGGUAGAGUAGCAAGAUGGCAAGUAUUGUUGUCUGAAUAUGAUAUUGUAUAUGUGUCCCAAAAAGCUAUCAAAGGAAGUGCAAUCGCAGAUUUUCUGGCAGAAAGGGUGGAAGAAAAUUAUGGACCAAUGGAGUUUGAGUUUCCAGAUGAGGACCUGAUGUCGAUUUGUCAAACAAAUAAGGAGGAAUCAGAGGAGAAAGAGAAUUGGAAGAUGUUUUUUGACGGAGCUUCAAAUGCCUUGGGGCAUGGCAUAGGGGUCGUAUUAGUGUCACCAGAAGGAGAUCAUUAUCCCGUCAUAGCUAAACUCAACUUCUAUUGUACCAAUAAUGUGGCCGAAUAUGAAGAUUGUGUCAUGGGUCUUCAGGCAGCAAUCGAGAAGAAAAUUCACGCUUUGGAAGUAUAUGGGGAUUCUACUUUGGUCAUUUAUCAGUUGCGAGGAGAAUGGGAGACACGCGACUCGAAGUUAGUGCGAUAUCAUAAGUAUGUUUCAAAGCUAAUUAAAAAUUUUGAUAAGAUUCCCUUCACCCAUUUGCCUUGA